AUGGAUUCUGCUAUCAAUCCUACUGGUCAGGAUACUAGUGUGCCUAUCGUUCCUUCCAUUUCCAAGAACAUUGUGAAGGCCAAGCAUGAUAUUAGAAAACCUCCAUGUUCCUCGACCAGGUAUGCGUUAAGAGUUCAAUCUUCUGAGAGGAAAUCGGGGACAGAGAAAAUCAUUUCCUUGGAAAGGGAACCAUCUGCAGUGACUAUUCUUCAUGAGUAUCCAAUAAUUACUGAUCCUAAAUUAAAACAUGUCGAGGAUAAUCUUCCCUCUUCUGACGUUGAAGCCCCAGGUUCUGAUGCUCCUCUCCAUUUUACUUUGGAAAUUCUAGUUGUUCCUGAGUCUGUCGAUCCAUUGUUGAAAUAUCAAACUCCUUUCACUUUGUUUGUUGUUGUUGCUACCUUUCAACAAAAUCUUUUUGGGGUUGACUUUGAACUUUUCCAAGCAUCCAAUGUUCAGUCCACAACCAUCACUGUGGAUCCUCUUCCUACUAGUUUGGGUGUUCGUGGAAGCUCGAACCUUACUUCCGUGGAAAUUUUCGACUACACUCCCUUAUUUGGGGAUGAUACUCAUCUGCAAUUGACUGCUGAUGUUUAUCAAAUGUUACCCUCUUCUGAGAAAGAUGCUCUGAUGCCUACACUUGUCACAUUUACAACCUCGCUACCCCAGUUCCAACGAACCAUUUCUAGGACCCCUAUUCCCAAAGGCCCUAAACUUGCAAGUGUAUCAAAUGAGGAAAGCCUUGAUAGGGCCCACUCGUGUCUGAUGGAGGGGAUGCACUAA